ACAGUUUGUAGUGAACAAAAGUCUCCAGAAUACAUCUCCUUUACUGCACAUUGAAAGAGUAAACAAAAGUUGCACAGAUUUUGACAGAUUCAGCUCAAUGGACUCUACACGCAGAUUUGGGAAAUACAGAGUGGAGCGGGAAGUGCUGGAUGAGGAGAGACUGGAAGAGGUAUCGCAGAGAAAAACGCUCUCUGACACUCACCUUUCUCUAACUGAGCAGCUUAAAGACUCCUUAAGAUGUACAGUACCCAAACUGAAACAAUGUGUGAUGAGCAGCUUGCCUGUGUUAUACUGGCUGCCCAAGUACUCAGUCUGGGACUAUGGCAUGCCAGACCUCAUCUCCGGCAUCAGUGUGGGCAUAAUGCACCUGCCACAAGGUAUGGCAUAUGCAUUGUUGGCUUCCUUACCUCCUGUAUUUGGGCUCUACACAUCCCUCUAUCCAGCAUUGAUCUACUUCUUUUUUGGAACAUCACGCCAUAUCUCUAUCGGUACAUUUACUGUGCUCAGCAUCAUGGUGGGUAGUGUGACAGAGAAACUUGCUCCAGACACGGAUUUCCUCAAAACAGGGAAUGGGACCAACGUCACUGCAGAGGUGGACAUAACUGCCCGGGACUUAUACAGGGUGCAGGUGGCGGCUGCAACUACUGUCCUAGGAGGACUUAUUCAGGUGGUACUGGGUUUGGUAAAGUUUGGAUUUGUGGGAAUGUACUUGUCUGAACCUCUGGUGCGGGCUUACACAACAGCUGCUGCAGCCCAUGCUGUGGUGGCACAACUGAAAAACAUCCUUGGAGUUUCACCAACACGAUUUAGUGGUCCCUUGACGCUGGUGUAUACUCUGAAGGAUGUUUGCUCCUUGCUGCCAUACACUCAUCUUCCCACACUGGUGGUCAGUGCUGUGUCCAUGGUGUUUCUGAUUGCAGCCAAGGAGCUCAACUCUUUUCUCAGUCCAAAGCUGCCAGUGCCCAUCCCAGUAGAGCUCAUCACAAUUGUGACAGGAACAUUGAUAUCAUCCUAUGCCCACUUGAACAGCAACUACACUAUUUCAGUUGUUGGAGAAAUUCCCAGUGGUCUACGUUCUCCCAGAGUACCAGAUGUGAAUAUUUUUAGAGAUGUUAUUGGUGAUGCUUUUGCAUUGGCCAUUGUUGGAUAUGCCAUAUCUAUUUCACUUGGAAAAACAUUUGCACUGAAACAUGGAUACAAGGUGGACAGUAACCAGGAGCUGGUGGCUCUGGGUCUCAGUAAUACAGUGGGAGGCUUCUUCCAGUGCUACUCUGUCUGCCCCUCUAUGUCUCGAAGUCUCAUCCAAGAGACCACUGGAGGAAAAACACAAAUGGCGGGAGUGGCCUCAGCUCUAAUUGUGUUGGUGACUAUACUGAAACUUGGACACCUGUUCCAGGAGCUGCCAAAGGCUAUCCUUGCAUCGAUUGUCUUUGUGAAUCUGAAGGGCAUGUUCAAGCAGUACUCUGACAUUGUUACACUGUGGAAAAGCAACAAGAUUGAUCUGGUGGUGUGGUUGGUCACUUGGGUGUCAACACUGCUGCUAAAUCUGGAUCUGGGUCUCGCAGCAUCGAUCGCAUUUGCUCUGCUUACUGUUAUCUUCAGAACUCAGCUCCCAACAUACUCUGUACUGGGAAAUGUUCCAGGUACAGAACUGUACGUGGAUAUAGAGACCCACAGAGAGGCAAGAGAGAUUCCAGGUGUUACUAUAUUUCGCUCCUCUGCUACGGUAUAUUUCGCAAAUGCUGAUCUCUACCUUGAGGCUCUGAAAGAAAAGAGUGGGCUUGACAUCAGUAAAAUGAUUAUCUAUAAGAGGAGGCAGGAGGCAAAACAGGAACGUAGAGAAAGGAGGGCUGAGAGACGGGCAAAAAGGCAAGCCAAGAGAGAGAGACGGGCACAGAAAGCAGCUAAACAGCUGUCCGGAGCACCGGUGUUCUCUGUGGAGGAAGAGGCCGGCUGCUGGAGGGACACGUGCGUGGACAGAGACGUUACAGACAAGGAGGAGCAGGGCUGGACUGAAAGGGAGAAUGGGACGGUGUUUGUCAUCCCAACCACUCCUCGAACACCAGACGGCCACUGUAGGUGGGAGUACCUGAAAGGAGGAGAUCCAGACUGCACCAGUUUAGGGUGGAUGUCUGAGCUGCAGGACGGGGACACCACCACUCUGGGCUCCAGCAGUGAGGACACGCUGAGUCACGACCUGGAACGGGUCUCUCUCGGGUCACUGGGCAAGUGGACGUGGGACAUUCACUCCAUCAUUAUCGACCUCUCCACGGCUAACUUCAUUGACACAGUGGCUAUCAAGAUUAUGAAAAAUAUUUUCCAGGACUUCAGUGAGAUUGAUGUCGAUAUCUACAUGGCUGGUUGUCAAGCCUCUGUGGUGGAACAAUUAGAGCUUGGUGACUUCUUCUCCGAGUCGAUAACAAAGAGACGUCUUUUUGCCUCUGUUCAUGAUGCUGUGCUCUACUGUUUGGACCAUCGUGGAGCGACAUCGUUCAUCCCAGCUGAUGUUCAGGACACAUACAGCAGCACAAAACUUUAAGGACUUCAACCAAACAGGACGUCCAGCACUGAGAUGAUCUCAACAUCUACUGGGGAGAAUAUCAGAAGCUGAGAAAUUUCACUUGCAAAUUAAUAGAUGCUAGCAUAAAACAAAUGAUACAAAUGAA